AGUGGCCGGCGCGGGACGCGGGCGGAGGAGGCGGGGAAGAUGGACUCGGCGCCCGCGCUGGGCUGCAGCCUCAAGGAUGUGAAGUGGAGCUCGGCCGCCGUGCCGCUGGACCUGCUGGUCAGCACCUACCGGCUGCCGCAGAUCGCGCGGCUGGACAGCGGAGAAUGCGUGGAAGGGCUGCGGGAAAAUGACUACCUUCUGAUCCAUUCCUGCCGUCAGUGGACCACCAUUACUGCCCAUAGCCUGGAGGAAGGCCACUAUGUCAUCGGGCCAAAGAUAGAGAUUCCUGUACAUUAUGCAGGACAAUUCAAGCUACUGGAACAAGACCGAGAUAUAAAGGAGCCAGUGCAGUAUUUCAACAGCGUGGAGGAGGUGGCGAAAGCAUUUCCUGAGCGUGUGUACGUCAUGGAGGAAAUAACAUUCAAUGUGAAGGUUGCGUCAGGUGAAUGCAAUGAAGAUACGGAAGUUUACAACAUCACCCUGUGUACUGGGGAUGAGCUCACCCUGAUGGGACAGGCAGAAAUUCUUUAUGCAAAGACCUUCAAGGAGAAGUCACGACUCAACACCAUCUUCAAAAAGAUUGGGAAGCUCAACUCCAUCAGCAAGCUGGGGAAAGGCAAGAUGCCAUGCCUCAUUUGCAUGAAUCACCGGACCAAUGAAAGCAUCAGCCUUCCCUUCCAGUGCAAGGGCAGAUUUAGCACCCGAAGCCCCCUGGAACUUCAGAUGCAGGAGGGCGAGCACACCAUCCGCAACAUCGUGGAGAAAACCAGGCUCCCUGUAAAUGUGACAGUGCCCAGUCCCCCACCCAGAAACCCCUACGACCUCCAUUUCAUUAGAGAGGGGCACCGCUACAAGUUUGUGAACAUCCAGACCAAGACGGUGGUGGUUUGCUGUGUGCUGCGGAACAACAAGAUCCUCCCCAUGCACUUCCCUUUGCACUUAACCGUCCCCAAGUUCAGCCUUCCAGAACACCUGGUGAAGGGAGACGGAUGGCCUGAAACCCUGGUCCAUCACUGGCUUGGUAUCUGCCAAGAGCAGUUUGACAUUGACGAGUAUUCACGGGCUGUCCGUGACGUGAAAACGGACUGGAAUGAAGACUGUAAGAGCCCCAAGAAGGGCCGAUGCUCUGGCCACAAUCAUGUACCCAAUUCCCUCAGCUACGCCCGCGAUGAGCUGACCCAGUCUUUCCACCGGCUCUCAGUCUGUGUGUAUGGCAAUAAUCUCCAUGGCAACAGCGAGGUGAAUCUCCAUGGCUGCAGAGACCUGGGGGGAGAGUGGGCCUCUUUUCCUCAUGACAUCCUUCCCUAUCAGGACUCCGGUGACAGUGGGAGCGACUACCUUUUCCCAGAAGCUAAUGAAGAAUCAGGCAUCCCAGGGAAGUCCGAACUUCCAUAUGAGGAACUGUGGCUGGAAGAAGGCAAGCCCAGCCGACAGCCUCUCACUCGCUCACUGAGUGAGAAGAGCAGGUGUGAGCCAUUGAGAGGCUCCAUCCGAUCCAAAUGUGCAACUUCUCCUCUUCCUGUCCCUGGGACUCUGGGAGCCACAAUGAAGUCCUCAGACAUUGCCCUACCUCCACCUCCAGUGCCUCCCAAAUCUGAAGCCGUCAGGGAAGAAUGCCGGCUCCUGAACGCCCCACCUGUUCCACCCCGAAGCGCAAAGCCUUUGUCCACAAGUCCCUCCGUCCCUCCUCGCACAGUCAAGCCAGUGCGGCCCCAGACCCGCUCUCCCAGCCCCACCUUGUCUUAUUAUUCUUCAGGGCUGCACAACAUCAGUGUUACCAAAAGUGACACAAGUCCUCCUGACAGUGCUCCUGUUUCCUGCUACCCCUGCAACCGAGUGAAAAGUGACUCUGCGGACCCCAAGUCCCCAUUCGGAAGUCCUUCUGCCGAAGUGCUGUCCACCAGGCUCUCCUGGCCCAACCAUUACUCGGGGGCAUCAGAGAGCCAGACUAAGAGUGACUUUCUGCUGGAUCCAAGUAGGAGCUACAGCUACCCCAGACAGAAGACCCCCGGGACGCCAAAGAGAGACUGCCCCGCCCCUUUUGAUUUUGAUGGCUGCGAGCUCCUGGGCAGCCCACCUGCCACCGGCACUGCCGAGUUCAACAGCAGCGUGUCCACUUGCCCCAAGUCGGCCAGCUACUCUCUGGAGAGCUCCGAGGACAGUGUGCUUGCAGCUGGCAUGACCAAGCAGAGUGUCUCCUGCCCUGCCUUACCCCCCAGGGCCCCAAAGCCAGUGGAACAGAAAGUCACCCCUGAAACAUCUCCUUUGCCCCUGAAAAUCGAUGGUGCUGAGGAGGACCCCACGUCAGGGUCACUGGACCUCUCUGAGGACCGGUAUUUUGUCAAAAAGGGCAUACAGGGAAUCCCUGCCUCUCAUCCGUUCUCAUCUCCGCUCCACCUCCAGUUGGCCCCCAGGUCCUGUGGUGAUGGGUCCCCUUGGCAGCCACCCUCCGACCUGUCAGGACUCUCUAUAGAAGAGGUGUCCAAGUCUUUACGGUUCAUUGGUUUGUCUGAAGACGUCAUAGCCUUCUUUGUCACUGAAAAGAUUGAUGGGAAUUUGCUUGUUCAAUUAACAGAAGAGAUCCUCUCAGAGGAUUUCAAACUAAGCAAACUGCAGGUGAAGAAAAUAAUGCAGUUUAUUAAUGGCUGGAGGCCCAAAAUAUAGCCAAAUGGCCCCAACCAACAUGAGACAGAACCGAACCAUGUGCUAGAGGGGUGGGCUGGGACACACAUUUGUGUUUUUGCACUAAAACAAAACAAACUUCUGUAAAUAGGAUAAGAGAAAUACUACUAUGCAGAUUCCGUUUUUGAAUGGUGAACAGGCUAUUUUGUACAUCAAUAAAGAUGCUGUACAGAACACUUAGAGGUGUGCCUUGUACGUCACUCAACAUUCAACAGCUGCUAAAAGAGCUAAAGGCGAAUUCAGAGAACUCCUUCUUACCCCAGUAGGUGUUCAAGGAGGUGUGGUAUUUAUUACAAAAUAGCCAAAGCUGGAAGACAUGAGAAUCUUAAAAAACGACAACACUUCUAAGCAGUUUCCUUCGUCGGGGGAUCGACUUUAGAUAUUAACUGUGUCCCAUGUGCAUCACUUCAUGCCAACUGUUUUACUCUCGUGCCUGAAAAUGUUAGUGAUAUGAAAUGACCCUUUACUGUUGUAUGCUUGGUGGAAAUCUUUUUCUCAAAAGGCAUUUUCUAAAAUUCCUGUCUUGAUAGAAGAUAACUGGUGUCCGAAGGAUUAGCACGAAUCAUGACUGUGACGUUUGACCUGUAGCCGCUGCUAGGAUGAAAUAUGUGUAGACAGGUACAUACGUGCACACGUGGAUAAGUUUUCAACAUAAUUUUGAAUCAGAUAUUUUAGGUAAUACCUGUUUACUUUCAAUACCCAUCGGAGCGACCUUUAGCUGAGUGCGUUCUCUUAGGGACGGUUGGUAGAAUGAUUCCAAAGACUCUCAAAGCCUCAGCCUUGAAGCUCAGCCUCCUUCGGCUCCAUCCCAGAAAACAUGGAGGAGAUCAGUAAAGCCUGCUGAAGAUCAACUGUGAUUUUUUUUUUUUAAGCCCGUGGGAGGGCUGAUUUUUGCAUAUCCAUGCUGACAUUUGGGAAAAUGACAGCUACUUUUGAACAACCAUCCCCUCCGCAACCCUUCCUCUGCCAAUGAGAGAUCUGAAGGAGCAUUUCUCUACGUGUGUGAGGUAUUGUCAACAUGCGUCUAGUUUUAGGAAAGUUUGUGAAUCAGACCAUCUUUCUAGUGUAUAUGCCACUGCUGUGCAAUGAUCUUAAAAUAUCAGUAAAAGCACAUGCUAACUUCAUGACCCUCCCCUUCCAUUUCAUGACCCUCCCCUUCCUGUCUUCUACAGAAAACACAGCAGCAGCACACUUUUAAUCUGAGGAUUCCUAAACAUGAGUCGGAGAAUUUUGCUAAACGCAAUCAAAUAUCCCAAAUAUAAUGUCAUGUCCCUGCUUUUGCCUCUUCAAAGGCACCUAGCCCUCAGAGGUGCUUUCUAAGCACAGCAUGCUCCAAGCAGCCCCCAGUCUGUCCCAGAUUGUAAGUGAGCAGACAUCGGGUAAGUUAGGUGUAUGCCGUGGCCACCGGGGGUCAGCGUAUCCUGAAGGAUUGACCAUAUUUUGUCAUCUAUUCCUGUUACCAAAAAAGAAAAAAAAAAAAGCUUUGACAAAACCCACCAGGGAUUGCAGUUCUAUGAAAUAUGUCUUUACUUCUUGCCAUUUGAAAACUAUUUUAAUCCAUUUUAUGAUUUAGAUUUGAAGUGAAUUGAUACCCAGUCUAAUUUUCUAUUUUUUAUCUCAUUAACAAAAAGAAAACAGCUUUUUUUCCCCUCCUAAUAUGCCUCCCAAAUGUAAAUACUGUAUUCUAGGUGAAAAGAAUGCCCCAUAAUACUGGCUGACUAGAUGGUUCAGAAGAAGCCUCAGUAUGGCACUGAGACUGGUGAGACUCCUGUUCAGAAAGCAGCUCUCUGUGUGGGGAACUGGCUCCUUAGAAAAUUAACUUCCUUUAAGAACAAAAACAGACAAGAUGCAGUCAGGAAGCAACAGGUUGCCCUUGACUGACCUUCCCUCCAUCCUUUCUUUAGCACCUAGCACUUGGACAUGGUUCUCAAACUCAGAAGCGUGCCACAGGGUUGGUCUGUGAAGGUUGCCCCAUGCGAACAACUGACUCCUUUUAUCUUCUGCAAAGAUCUUACACAAAAUAAGAUUGUCUUCUUUCAGUUCACUUAUUUCGGUCCUAGCUUGUUUGUGCCAAGUCUAUUGAGUGGCAGCCUACUGUCUCCUCGAGGGCAAGGACUGGCCUUGGAUUCAUGCAUGCGUUGAACAUUUAUUGAGCACCCUUUGUGUGCCAUGCACAGAGCUGAGAAAAGGCCCAGCCCCUGCCCUCCUAUUUGUAUUUUAAAAUGAGUUGCUGACACUAUAUGUGCAUGCGAGAAACAUUUCCCUGGAAGGCGAGUGCUUGGAGAGUGACGUGUGCUGUCUUUCAAAGAACCCACAGAUAGACGUAGUGGCAGCCUCCUCUAAGGGAUAUGAAAUAAACCCUCCAGACAGUGAAGCUUGGAAUACAUUAAAGGAAAAUGCAUCUGUCUCUCACGGUCUCAUAUUUUCUUUUACUGACUUGGAGUUCUUUUUUAAUGAUAAUCAAUAUCUACUGGCAUUUCUGAAAGCCACAGUUAGCAUAAUUGCCAUUUCUGAGCUGAGCACCUGUCUAUGCAGGAUCCUGACUAGACGAGGAAUUCAUCUACCAGAGAGAAUCACAACAGGAAAUGCAUUCAGGAGGAGGAAGGUAGAAACAGCCCUAACCUUCUGCAGCAACGUGCAGACACCCCACGGCAGAGCCUUUUCCAACCAAGGUCAGAACAGUACCGUCCUUUUGUGGCAAGUUCCCUACAAUCCAGAGAGUGACCGUGGUGCUUGUAAAGUAUCUAUCAACAGGACCUUUUGGGGAUCCUUAAAUUCAUGACUAAAAUCAUCUUCACAUCCCUCCAUCAGAAAAGAACAGCAAUAAACGAAGCCAAGCAGCUAAAACGUAAAAUAUGGAGUCAACUCAAAAACUCAAGCACUCACCAACCAGUUCUUUCGCAGAGUCUUCUAAAUGCCUGCAAGCUGUCUUCAAGUUGAGCUGCUCAACUUUAUGAACUGUGAAAUGUCUACUCUCUAUCUCAGCCCAUGUACACCAUUCAAGUUUAUGAAGUUGUAGCGAACUGCCCAUUCAGCUACAUUGCAGUGUUUAUUCUUGUCUCGAAGAAAUGCGACAACCUUAUGUCCGUUCCAGCUGGUCAGACACAUGCGUAAACAACCUCGGCUCACAUUGCUGGGCCACCUGCACAUCAUCCACAUGCCUCUCUAAGAAGUUCAGGGGGCGGGUGAGCAUGGACAGAGUCUGACGUUGCCCAAACACCGUGUGUAAUAAGUCUCUCUUCAUGCCCUACUGUCUGUAAGCUUAACAUUCUGAAUAACAAACUGGAAAACAAGAUAGUUCUCCAAAGAAUCUCAUGAACUGUUCAAAGGCGAUUUUACUUGCAGUCUACCAAAAAAGUUGCAUUUGUUGUUGGGCACGUGAGGCUUCCGGAGCAAGCCCAUCACACCCAUUUCCACUGUUGCUAGAAAUCUAAAAGCUGCUAAGACGAGUCCAAGGUGCAGAGGGCAGACGAUGGACUAGCACUGCUCCCAGACUGUGGGGUGGUGAUCUUGCAAGAGUGCUGUGACCCAUCGUGUUAAGUCACGUCUUUGAGGACUGCUCCCAGACUGUGGGGUUGUGAUCUUGCCAAGAGUGCUCUGACCCAUCAUGUUAAGUCACAUCUGAGUCUUCAAGGCUCCUUGUUUUGAAAUUUGUCUCAUUGAGAUAACCAGAAACAAGUUCAUGUUGAUUUUGUUUAAAAUUGUCUUCUGUAAUUGUGCUGCUCUGUCUAACUUCUAAGCUAUGAGUUUUGUAUUAGAGCUUGUCAGAUGGCAGAUUUCCUUUGUUUACAGUCUUGUGUAGGAUUGCUGUGACCAUAUUAUGUUAAGUCAGUAUAGGGCUUGGCUAGUUCCCUAACUAAAAGCUUUUCUUCCCAUUUUCGUAUUAUGUUCCGUUUAAAAUAAUGUUUCAGUUAAGAUUAAAAAUUGAAACUGGAGAAUCUGGGGAAUUUUCUUAACUUAAAUGGAAAUUGUGUGUUUUCAAAGGAUCUUGGAACUGUCUGUAGAAUUCUUGGCUGGGAAAGCUGUUGGGUUGUUAACUAUAAGUUAGCAGUUGAGUUACUUCCCAGAGCAUUAUCUCAUGGGCUCAAAGUGUACCUCAAGAUAAACGCAGAUGUUAUGUCUAAAAAAAAAUUCAUUGUCGAUUUAAAUGGUUCUGAAAUGUCUAUAAGUAAAGAAAUUUUCAAAAUUG